AGCACGUUAUGCAAGCUUUUCACCGGCUGUGAGUCCAGACUGAGGGAGACCCUCUCACACUGCGGCGCACGCGGGCACAAACAGCAUCACCUUCAUCACCUUCAUCACCUCACCAUCACGCCGCAGUUUGCUAAAAGCCAUGGAGAAGAAACGAACCCUCAACUUUGGCGCCGGACCCGCAAAACUGCCUCAGUCUGUUCUUCUCCAAGCGCAGAAGGAGCUGCUGGACUACAGCGGCAUCGGUAUUAGUGUUCUUGAGAUGAGUCACCGUUCCUCAGACUUCAACAAAAUCAUCAACAAGACAGAAAGUCUUCUGCGAGAGUUGUUAAACAUCCCAGACAACUAUAAGGUGCUGUUCCUGCAGGGUGGGGGGUCCGGACAGUUCAGCGCCGUUCCUCUCAACCUGAUUGGGCUCAAAGAGGACCGAUGCGCCGACUACAUCGUGACCGGCACGUGGUCGGCCAAGGCGGCUAAAGAAGCAGAGAAGUACGGCAAAGUCCGCGUCGUCCACCCGAAGAUGGACAGUUACACCAAAAUUCCCGAGCCCAGCAGCUGGACCCUGAACCCCUCGGCCUCAUACGUGUACUACUGCUGCAACGAGACCGUGCACGGCGUGGAGUACCACUUCACUCCCGAGACCAACGGGGCGGUACUCGUCAGCGACAUGUCCUCCAACUUCCUGUCGCGACCUGUAGACGUGUCGAAGUUUGGACUCAUUUUCGCCGGCGCUCAGAAGAACGUGGGUUGUGCUGGUGUGACCGUGGUCAUCGUGAGGGAAGAUUUGAUAGGCCACGCCCUGAAAGAGUGCCCCAUCGUUCUGGACUACAAGGUGCAGGUGGAAAUGAACUCCCUGUACAACACUCCUCCAUGUUUCAGCAUUUACAUCAUGAGUCUCGUUCUGGAGUGGAUCAAGAACAAUGGUGGCAGCGCCGCCAUGGAGACGCUGAACAAGCAGAAGUCCUCCAUCAUUUAUGACAUCAUCAACGCUUCAAAUGGUUUCUAUGUGUGUCCUGUAGACUCGGCCUGUCGAAGCCGCAUGAACGUUCCUUUCCGAGUCGGCAAGAAAGAAGGAGAUGAGGCCUUGGAAAAGAAGUUUCUGGAAGGAGCAUCCAAACGUGGAAUGAUCUCACUGAAAGGACACAGGUCGGUGGGAGGAAUGCGGGCGUCUCUGUAUAACGCCGUAACGCUGGAGGACACUGAAGCUCUGGCGGACUACAUGAGGGAAUUCCUCAAAGAGCAUCAAUGAAUGCAGAUGGACUGCUCCAUCAUACUGUAGAACUCAACUUUAGCUUUAACAUAAAAUAAAAACUUUAGAUUUAGUUAAAAAUUGAUUUUGGAUUGGGAACAUUGAAGAUCCAUCCUUUUUUUUAAAUCAAAGCCAUCAUUAGAUAAGAUCUUUUCUUACAUAAAUGUUUAGAAGAACUUAAAAAAAUGUUUAGACUAACAUCAUUGUAAUGUAAAAAAGUCACUUAAAAUAUGUAAAUUUACAAACUAAUAAAUGAUUUUGCGUCUCGCUUAAA